AUGACUUCUUCCCCUGAAGAUGAAGAUUUUAGGGCGUCAAAGAAGACAGUUCGGGUGGCAACUCUGAAAAGCAGCCACCCGAUGGCACUAAAACAUGAGCCAUUGAAAGAGAAUUUGAAGGAGAAGAACAUGGGCCGCAUGAUUAAAUCUGGACAAUGUGGAGUAAUUGGAUCAUCAUGUAAUAUGGCAUGUUCUUCUCCCAAAGUUUACUGCUUUGGAGCUCCGAUCGCGAAACCUGCCACCACGGCCACUUUGAAAAGGCCGCCAAGAAGAGAUGCUCCGAAAAAAUUAGUACAAGAAGCAAACAUAAUACUGCCAAAGGAAGCAAAAAAAGAAGAUCCAAAGGAAGCAACAGUAAGGCUGAGAAGAGAAAGAGAAGCUUCCCGACAAACCAUGGAACUAAUGGAGCAAAACGCUGACGUUGAGUACAAUUUCCGGGUGAUGCUUGAUUUUGCAAAGCUGAUGGGGUGCUGUGUCUUCGACGGAUUUGGAAUGGAUUCCAUGGAGAAAUACAGUGAUGAGUAUUAUUUCGACGAUGAAUCUAGUUGCAGCAGCUGCAUUACAGAAGAAUUAGAAGAAGGAGAAAUAUUUUAA